AUGUCGACUCGAGGCGGGAAGGGUCUUGGCGGUGGUGGCGGUGGCAAGAAACGAGAAGCUGCGAAACCGUCCAGAGGCGCCCUGACUAUCGCAAACGUGAAAAAGCUCAGGGCAGGUGGUGAAUUCUGUUGCGGCUUCUGUGGGUGUUGCGACAGCGGUGAGGCCGUCGCUGAUUGCCAGGUCGAGGUCUGCCAGAAGUGCUGGAAGCGCUACUUGGCCGCGUUCACCACCUACGGCGAUAUCAGUUUCGUUAUGGAAGGCGUUCAAGAUGAGGGCAGCACGAUCCACGCGGAGUGGCAGGAGUCUGGACAGACCGAGGACGGGGUUAUGCGCGCGUUUUUCUCUAGCGACGUGUCUGAUUCCAAGUCCUUCGAGGUAAAGGUCACCAAGCCGAUGAUUGGCUUGACCCGCCAGCAAGUCAUUGCGGCCUUGGGCGGCCACGAGCCCGACAAGGUCGGCCUGCGGCUCGGCGACCUGGUGGAUGCAGAGGGCAACGCCUUCAAAGGCGUCCUGGUGCCGAAUCCCAGCAGGCCGUACCUGGAGGUCGAUGUGUCCACCACGAUGUCAAUUACCAGGGACACGACGAAGUUGAAGGGGGACGCGCAGCUCUUCGCGGACCAGGGCAAGAAAGUAUUCGAGUACGAAUGCAACGAUGCCAAGACGAAGAACUCCAUAUGGAAGCACGUCCUCACCAAGGCGAAGACCGAGGUACACACGCUCGAGACGCUGAAGGCUAAGGGUGAGAACUACCAGAGGUUGCUCGACUCCCAGAAGGCUAAGGGUUCUGCCGCAUGUGAUGAUGGUGCGUCGUCGACGGGCGACGCCUCGACAAGGCCGCCUGAUACACCUACUUCGGCACUCAGCCCAGGCCCGUCAACCAUGAGUGCCCCUGUGUUGAACCCAGCUGCGCUGCGCGACUCCGUCACGCACUACAGCGGCGAGUACAGCGAGAACAAGAGGCAGAAGGCCACUUCAGGGAAGGCAGCACGGAAGUCCCCCGCAACGGCGGGGGCUACCCCCGACAAGUCCGAGAGCUACGAUCUCGUGCAGCGGAGGAAGGGGGCCCUCAAUCUCGAGAGGUGCUGGAAUGGGGGCGCCAUGGGCAGGGAGAUCCGCUGGGCCAGGGAUGCCGUCGCAGCCAUCCUGGACAAGGCUAUCCCUGGCGAGGCCGAGCUGGCUGAUGAGCUCGAUGGUCAUCGCAAGCUCGCCGAGGCCAUCUGCGGCUUGAUGGAAAAACCAAUCAAGAACAUCAACCAAGAUAAGCUCGACUCGUAUCUCGUCGUCAUCGAAGGCAUGAACGAAGACGUGAGGUCCGCCGUCAAGGUCGAGCUCUUGAAGACGAGAUUCAGCAACAUGAUCUUCGCGGGCAGUUGCACGGCCUCGGAUUUCUUUCGGGUGGCCGCCCCAUGGAACACACUCACCGACACCGACGAUGCAAUGUUCAAGCCACGCGACCCGCGCGUCUACACCAUUGACGGCUCCAAGCAAGACAAGAUCUCAAUGACCGACUCCCUCAUGAUUGACGUGUAUAACGGGCACAUCACGAACGGCAAGGCUGGCAAAUCCAGCUUGAAGAGGCUAUGCGUGGAUUGGCUCGACUGGGUGGACGACAACGUCGUCGACGAUGAGGACUACGACCUGCUCAUCACCAGCCUGAUCACCUCAUGGAAAGCGCUGUUGAGUUUCAUCGAUCCGAAGGUCACCCAGUACGAUGACGCUGUGACUGCGUUGUCGAAUUGUGCAGAGAGCAAGCCUGGACAAGCGAGCCUUCGCCAUCUCGCCUUGCUGAUCAGGCGGUCUGCCGACUACACCGAGAUGAAGGAUGAGUAUCACAAGUUUUACAAGAGGACGAAGGAGCUGCUGCCCACCGUCGCCGUGCAUGAGAAAAAUAUGAAGGAGAUGACUGUAGCGGCGUUCGUGGAUGGUGGGCACAUGUUGGCUGCCCUCCAGACAGUGGCGAAACUUCAGUUAGAGUGCCGGCCUGGCUCUUGGGAGGGCUUCGAGAUCGAGCUGACUGCGAAGCUCGAGGAGUACGUGCGCGGAAUCACCGUCGACAAGAACUACGCGAAGAUGGACAACACCACCCAGACGCAGAAGCUGUCCGAGGCGAAGGUGCUGUUGCAGGAAGCCAAGAAGAACUUGACUUCCAAGAGCUCUGCUUGGCAAAUCGCCCUCAAUGAGGUCGGGGGCGCUGAGGCUUUGACUGCAGACUCCCUCAAGGACCCUGCCAAGCGCCAGAGCGUAAUCCCUGUCAUUGACUCCGUCCUGGCUGCUGGAGGCCGGAGCUCCGAGGCGCACGCAGAGAGUGCCAAGGCAAUCCAGGCGAGUGUCACGGCAUGCAUCGGGAACCACUGCGAGAGUCCUGAGUCCACGGAGCCGUAUGUUUGCAUCUUGAAGAAGAUCCUAGAGGCAAAGUGGUUGACUGACAAUGGCAACAAGGAGUUGACCAGCUUCGUCAAUUUACUCGAGUGCUGGAGCCCAAUAGUCGAGCACAAGAAGCAAUGGGAAACACUGGGUGAAGACGACGGCAAGCGCUUGGAGGAGGCGUCGGCGAAGAACAUCAUGGUCUCCUUGCUGUCCUCCUUGGAGAGGGUGAAGGAAUUCAUGCACGACCCCACGCAGGUCCCCUCUCUCACGAUCGACUACGACCAGGCCAGGAACAUGCAAAAGAGUGCUUCCCUGGUCUCGGCAGAGAACAACAGCAGGGCCUUGAUGCAGUUGUGCGACCAAGCGGAGCCCAAGAGCACAGGAGGCACAUCGAAAGAUCAGCCGUGGCAUUCGACAUUGGAUGCAGACGCGUCGACGAAGGACGUCAUCGAGCUUGGCAAGACCACGCUCCUCAAGAUCAAUGCGUCCGAGUUCAAGAGUAUGACGGAUAGGCUGAUCCACGCGAUGGACACCUACAACGUGUGGUCCACGGUGAUCAACUACACGACGGACGCCGCCCUCGUCGACAGGGCCCGCGAGGUCAAAGCCGACUGCUUGGCCACGAUGUUCUCGGCGAAGCUCAUCCACGACCAGAUCGAGCACGCGGAUGCGCCGACGAAGCUCCGCAGGGCCGCGAACAAGAUCAAGCAGAGCGUGAACUCAGCAGGAGUGCUCGACAGGAUGCCCCAGCAGCUGCGCGACAUGAUGAAGAGCAUGUGCUCGCUCAAGGCGGCCUGA